AUGGGUGAUGUGGCUCGUAAUGAUAAAGGCGAGGUGAUUUUCGCUGCCACCAGACGUGUUCAAGCUCGUUGGCCUAUUGAAGUUGCGGAAGGGAAAGCCAUGUGCCUUGCGGUUAAGUUGGCUCGAUGUUAUGGUUGCCAGAACAUUAUUUUUGAAACCGAUUGUGUUACUAUUGUUAAUAGGUUGUCUAGAAGUGCUGUUUUCUUUUCCGAUCUAGAUGGUGUGCUAGAAGAUGUUUUAUUUUUUUGUAAAGAUUUUGUGUCGAUUAGAUGGUCGCAUGUGCUACGGGAUGGGAAUACUGUUGCCCACCACCUAGCUCGACUGAUUCCUUUUGGUGUUGAACAACGUUGGGAACGUCAUUGUCCAACGGAAGUAGCCCCCUAUGUGCUUAUGGACGCUUUGUCUUAUGAUUAA